UUUUUCCAUUAGGAUUUGGCUUGGCGUUUUAGUGUUAACGAGAAUAUUUAUAUGCAGUAUAUUUUAACCCUCGUGACUUUUAAGGCCUGAUUGAUAAGAUGCGUUUCUCUUUUAUUGUGCUGUGCCUGAAUGUGCUCAUAAAUAACGGUGAGUGAAAUCCAUCGACGAGACAUUUCGAGAACUGAACGCAUUGUUAAAUGAAUAUUUUCGGGGUCCUACACCGGAAGACAUCUGUUGAAGUGGUAUCGAUGUCGUAGUAUCGGUGCAUUUUUAACAUGAAUUAAACAGAAUAUCUUCCCCCCCCCAGUUGCUGCGAGUACGUGGUGCUACACAGGCUGCGAACACACACCCAGCCACUGGCCUGACCUGAACGGCUCCUUCUGCGGGGGUCAAAGGCAGUCCCCCGUCGACAUACAAACCAGCCACGUUGAGAAGGACGAAAACCUCCUCAGCUUCUCUUUUGUCAACUUCUCGUCUCAGAAUAGCUUCAGGGCCUUUAUAAAUAAUGGACACACCGCCAAAUUCAUCUUGAAUGAAAACGAGGUCGAAGUGAGCGGAGGUGGACUGAACGGUACGUAUUCCACGCUCCAGCUCCAUUUCCACUGGGGCAACACGGAGCACCAUCCCGGGUCGGAACACACCGUGGACGGACACAGAUACCCCAUGGAGAUGCACAUUGUGAGUCUGAAGAAAGGUCUGUCAGUGGCGCAGGCUCUUGAAGAUCAAGCCGGCAUCGCCGUCCUUGGCUUCUUCAUCAGUGAGACUGAAGAUGUAAAUUUGUCAAGUCCUUGGAGUGCCUUGACUUCUUAUCUUCUGAACAACACAGACACAGAAGUCAACGUGAGACAUGCCAUCUCCAUAAACGACCUCAUCGGGGACGUGGACCGCAGCAAAUACUUUCGCUACAUGGGCUCGCUGACCACGCCCUCCUGUAACGAAGUGGUAGCCUGGACGGUAUUUCAGGAGCCCAUCAAGGUGCACAGAAUAUUGCUCCAACAAUUCCCUUUCAAGACGGGCCUCACCAAUGUGUACCGACCAGUGCAAAGCCUGAAUGGACGCCAAGUGUUUUCUUCUCCUGCGGCUCUUCUCCCUCCCAGUCAUCAAUGGUGCUAUGAUGAGGAAUGUGAGUUCAAUCCUACCAAGUGGUACCUUCUGCCGGACUCGCACUGCGACGGCGAGCACCAAUCGCCAGUCAACAUCGAGACGACGAAAGCCGUGAAGGACGAGCACCUUGACGGCUUUGCUUUCACACAGUUUGACGACAAACAUGUCAUCAAGUACAUCACAAAUACAGGCCAUACAGUCAAGUUUGUACUCAAUGAGGGUGCGAUGGAAGUGUCCGGGGGCGGCCUGGGUCACGUCUACUCCACAAUCCAGUUCCACUUCCACUGGGGUUCCUUAUCGAACGACUCCAAAGGCUCCGAGCACACGAUCGAUUCCAAACGAUUCCCUAUGGAGGUGCACAUAGUAAACAAGCGAAAAGAUUUAACUCUAGAAGAGGCGGUUAACACUACGACUGGCCUGGCAGUGUUGGGAUUCUUCAUUGAGGCCGCAGCGAGUUCAAAAAGUAGUGGUGCUGCAGAGCAACAUGACGAUGAGUCGUCUGACGACUCUCAUGACUCCACUGAUGCGUCGACGACUGCUACCUGGAAAACAUUGAUCGGUUAUCUGGCAGAGAUACAAAGCAUCGGUUCACGGGUGGAGGUCACGAAGGAGAUGUCUUUGGGUGAGCUACUCAGCGAUGUGGACCUCACCUCCUACUACCGCUACAAUGGCUCUUUAACCACGCCCUCAUGCAACGAAGCCGUGGUUUGGACCGUCUUCAAAAACUCAAUCAAGUUGGAUCGCAGCAUGCUGACGAUGUUCCCAAACCGGAUCGGCUUCAGUGACGUGUUCCGGCCCGCACAGGCUCUCCACGACAGAACGAUUUCCACCACGGCUGGAGGCAGCCCCCUUGCACCUGCUGCUUUUUUUGUCUUCCUGGUUCAAUUCUGUGCCUUUCUCCUGUGAUUGCAAACGACAUCAAAUCUAGUUGUGUCAGGAUACGCUGUAAAUUAUUCUAACUGUGCACUUUAUCAGUCAAUCAUCUCAAAACCUCCCAAAAACUUAUCAAUCAUUUGUGUGCGGACCGCAAAUUAUAAAAUAAAAUGCAAUGAAAUCCGUAAACAAUUUUUAAUGGUGAAAGUUUUUUUAUUCGUAUUGAAAAGGCUCCAGGUUAUGGCAACUACCUGGCAGGCCCAAAACCAAAACUUUCCCGUAUGUGGCGUCAGUAGGAAUUAAUAAAAAGAGUGUUUAGGCUGGAAAACAAUCCUCAAUGGGGAUUUUCUCAAAGAACUGGUUUUCGAAUCCCAUUGCCAGUAAUUUGAAAGCUUCAUUAGCUUUUGGUUGUAUUCCCCAAAUCGGAUUCUUUUGUUUAGCCCAUGCUGAACCUCUACGCACA